UUUUUUCAGUCAUGACGCGUCGGCUGGCUCUUGCCACGGUGCUUCUGGUGGCCGCUGCGUCGGUUUCCGCCAUGCCUGCCAAGCUCCACACGUAUCAGGGCGAGCACCUGCCCUUCAACCAGCAGCGUGGGAGCAUUGCCCGAGUGACACGCUUUGCCGAGCACAACGAAUACGUUCAACCCACCAAGGACGCUGCCCCUGGUGCCGACGAGUCCCUCGUCUCCACUGCCAACGGCGUGAUCAGCGGCGUUGUCUCUGACACUCAUCGUGCCUUCCGCGGUAUUCCGUACGGAGCCCCGCCGUCUCGCUUUGUCGACUCUACCCCUGCCCAGCCGUGGUCCCCGUCCGUCCUCAACGCCUACAAUGAUCCUCCGGGCUGCCCCCAGAUCUGCGACCUGCCCCCUCACACCUGCCCGGAUACCGUCAGCGAAGACUGUCUCUUCCUCAACGUUUUCACUCCGCGUCUCAACAGCUCGAACGGCCUCCCUGGCCCGUGGCCCGUCAUGAUGUUCAUCCACGGUGGCAACUUUUACCAGGGAACCGGUGGCGGCCCGCUGUACGAUGGUGGCUUUAUGACCAACACUUCGUCGGUCGUCCUGGUCAACAUCAACUACCGCCUGGGUGCCCUCGGCUUUUAUGUCGGCGAGGACGGCACGAACGUUGGCGGCCAGUUUGGCUUCCGCGAUCAGCGCCUCGCUCUCAAGUGGAUUCGCGACAACAUUGCGGCUUUUGGCGGCGACCCGAACUCGGUCACGCUCUUUGGCCAGUCUGCCGGCGCCAUCUCCACUAUUGCUCACAUGACCUCUGUCCGCAGCGCGGGUCUGUUCCAUCGCGCCAUUCUUGAAAGCGAGCCCUUCACCAUCCCGCUCAAGACGGUUGACGAGGCGCGCAAGCUCGGUGCACACCUCGCCCAGGCCCUGAACUGCUCGUCCACCUCGGACAUUGCCUGCAUUCGCUCCGCCUCGCUCAUCGACCUGCUCAAUGCGCAAAACUCUGCCAUGUCGCACAUUGUCAACUAUGACCGCAUCCUCGAGGUCUUCCUCCAAUGGGGCCCUGUCAUUGACAACUUUGAGCUGUACCGUCAGCCCUUCGACUCCAUCCAACAGGGUGAAUUUGCGCCCAUCCCAAUCAUGCUCGGCGACACCGCCCAAGAAGCCGUCAUCUUUAUUUACCAGGCCUUCACCAAGCCGAUGAGCACCCUCUACUAUGAAGGCCUGAUUGACGCCAUUUUCCAACUUGACGGCCCCAAGACCAUCAAGCAGUUCCCUCCGAUCAAGGGCAGCGAGGAUCAGCGCCCGAUUACCGCUCUUCUUGCGACUGAUUACGUCUUCGUCUGCAUCAACCGCAAUGUUGCCGCGGCUUUGUCCAAGAGCGUCCCAACCUACCACUUUAUUUUCGAUCAUGCCUUGUCGUUCAACGGCUGGGGCCCCAACUACACUUUCUGCGCGAAUGCUUCGUGCCACGGUGCUGAGCUGCCGUACGUCUUCCACUCUGCUAAUCUCGCUGGCUUCCAGUACACUCCUCAGGAAGAUCGCAUGGCCACGAGCAUGGUCAACUACUGGACCUCCUUUGCGCGCUAUGGCGACCCGAACGCCAGCGGCAAGGAGUCGCUCAUCUGGCCUGCGUUCAACGCGACCACGCAACCCACCCUUCGCAUCGAGACCCCCAACGAAGUCGACUACGAUCUUCUUGGAUCGACGUGCGCAUUCUUUGAUUCGAUCGGCUACAAGGUGUAAAGAUGCUGGCCGGUUUUUGUUUUUAUGUUUUUUUGAAUGUUUGAAAGCCAAGUGUUGAACUGGCAACGACAAAGCCGAAUUGUCGGAAUGAAAUCUAUUCUUUCUAGAGCAUGUACGGAUAGAUGUUGUUGAUUGCGACCUGAGGGCCUGUUGUUGCAAAUGGAUUGUUGC